AUGAUGCUUGGCUUGAUGCAACAGCUGAUUAGUCUCGAGCCGGAAGUGCAGGAAUUACGCCGACGAUGCAUCUUUUGUCUUGUACCGAUGCUCAAUCCGGACGGAGUAAUUCUUGGCAAUUACAGAUGUUCUUUAAGCGGUCGUGAUCUGAACCGAAACUACCGUCAUCCGCGGAAAGAGGUGUUCCCAACCGUGUGGCAUGUGCGUCAACUGGUUCAGUCAUGUAAAGAUGCGUGCCAGGCUCCAGACAGUUUCUCACUGUCCUCCUGUCGUUUCUCAAUCCAUCCGAGUAAAGAAGCUACCGGUCGUGUCGUAUUCUGGCGCGAAUUCAAUCUCACCCACAGUUUCACCCUAGAAGCAACAUUCAAUGGGAGCCGCAAAAUGUGGUGGGUCUCUGCAAUAUUAUUGAUAGCGAAGAUUGAAUAG